CAUAUUAGGGCAGAACAUGCUCCACUCACAACAAGCAACAGGCGGAUUAAUAAGAAAUGCAGCAAGUUCAGCAUCUAACAGAGUGGGUGAGCGGCAGAUACUGGUUGUCGAAGCGGCAGGAGUUGAUAUUCCAUCAGGACCAGACUUUGAUGAAGAUGACCCAUUAAUGGAGGCCGUCUCGGUAGAACCCGGAGGAUACCAUGCUAUAAUUAUAGUCAUCAGUACCGUUGUUAACAUCACUGAAGAAGAUAAGGCAGCACUUCUGUACCUUCCUUCACUUUUUGGUGAACGAUUUCUCAAAUAUGCAAUUUUUGUGUUCACGCAUUGCGAUAUAUAUGCAAGGAGAAAUUCCCUUAUGGAAUCAAGCUCUGGCCAGGCUGUUUCAGCACACUUUUUACCAACGCUUGAUCCGGAAAUGAAGCACAUUUUUAAAAUGUCAGAAAACAGAUACUUUUUUGUGGACAACAUGGACAGGAAUAUGUUUAACCAGCGACUUUUACUAUUCGGUCUUAUUGAAACUGUUGACACACUUGUGGACAGGAAUAAGGGCAGUAAUUAUACGAAUGAUGAUUUUAAAGCUGCCCGGCAAGUGAUUUAUCGUCUACAAAAACAGUUGGCUGAUGAAGCUGAACGGGCCAGGCAAAAACAGUUGGCAGAAGAAGCUGAAUGGGCCAGGCAAAAACAGUUGGCAGAAGAAGCGGAACGGACCAGGCAAAAACAGUUGGCAGAAGAAGCUGAACGGGCCAGGCAAAAACAGUUGGCAGAAGAAGCGAAACGGGCCAGGCAAAAACAGUUGGCAGAAGAAGCGGAACGGGCCAGGCAAAAACAGUUGGCAGAAGAAGCUGAACGGGCCAGGCAAAAACAGUUGGCAGAAGAAGCUGAACGGGCCAGGCAAAAACAGUUGGCAGAAGAAGCUGAACGGGCCAGGCAAAAACAGUUGGCAGAAGAAGCGGAACGGGCCAGGCAAAAACAGUUGGCAGAAGAAGCGGAACGGACCAGGCAAAAACAGUUGGCAGAAGAAGCUGAACGGGCCAGGCAAAAACAGUUGGCAGAAGAAGCGAAACGGGCCAGGCAAAAACAGUUGGCAGAAGAAGCUGAAUGGGCCAGGCAGAAACAGUUGGCAGAAGAAGCGGAAUGGGCCAGGCAAAAACAGUUGGCAGAAGAAGCUGAAUUGGCCAGGCAAGAACGGUCGGCAGGAGAUGCUAAAUUGCGCAUAUUUCUGGUGGUCGCUUGUGUGAUCAUAAUAAUGAUAAUAACCGUAUGCUGCUGCUGCUGUCGUUAACAGUUGUAGUGACAUAAUAUCUAUAUCAGACCACUGUCAAAUUAAAUAUACCCUUACUAGAAAUCCAUUUUGUCAUGUACGUUCAGCCCUUCUACUGUUGUUGGAGACAACACGACAUCAUUGUCUGUAGGAUGCUGAGCUUCCGGAUGGUUGAGGAGUGGGGCUGGCAUUUUAUCAAACAAACUAUAUUUUACAAUUCUUGAAAAACUAAUCAUGCUUUAUCACGAGCCGUAAGUUACAUUGUUUCAUGGCGUUAGGCUCACAACUUUUAAUAAAAACAUUUUGGGUUUCGUAGCUGCAGCUUAAAAAAGUUCCAUUAUCUUGGAACAAAUUUCUAGGUCCCGAUUGAUUCUACUUGCCUUAAUUGAUCAUCCCCUGAACUGAGUCGGUUCAUCACGCCCAUAUGUCCAAUGUCCAGAGCAACGUCACUGUCUCUUUGUCUGCCCAUUGUUGUUCGUUUCUAUAUAAUGUUAUCAUUACACUGUUAGUCAGCUUGGUAUUCCGAGUGCUGGUGUAGGGACGACCUCGAGCAGGAUGUGCCGCUCAUAGGAAACUUCAUGAGGUUGAGCUGGAGCUCCGCUCACCUCAUGUAUGCCUGAGCUGGAAGAUCCGCUCAUCGCUGUGUUUGUGUUGUCAGAGCAGGUAUUACGCUCAUUGUGUAUUCGUUGUACAUGUUGUGCAUAAAACGUUCCGGGGCAGUGAUGUCGAUUUUGUCCUUGAUUCCCCCAAGAGCCAAUUCCCCGUCAACAUGCGCGUUGAAUCUGGUGUUAGAAUCCGGCUGGAGUAACUCUUGAGUUUACUCCCGAAUCAGUGACCUCUCUAUAUGCCUACCAUCCUGAAGAACAAUCAUCAACUCAAGCCAAAGAUUGAAGAAAACAACAAGAAUCUCUCCGAUGCCAAUUUUCCUGAUGAAAUUUCCCCUUCAAGAUGUUUUUCAUACACAGGACCCAUAUAUAUAUAUAUAUAUAUAUAUAUAUAUAUAUACUCUUCACAAAAAGAACCUGAACCUGAACCUGACUACACAAAAUAUUCCAGUAUAUAAAUUGGACAUAUGUUAUUGGAAGUGGCCUGAUAUUCGACAAACGGUGCGUCAAAACGCAGCAAUUUUUGUUGCUGAUGUUUGACAGCAAAUCGCUACAUGAAUCAAAUUCUUCAACCUCACCUCCUUCCAAUCAUUGACCGCUGUAUCAACAGGACAACUCUCCACCGCACACAGCUCGUGUCACGGUAGACUACCUUCAUAAUGCCAACAUCAACGGCCUGCCCCUGCCGUCAAGAUCUCCAGGUCUCAACCCAAUCGAACACCUCUUGGAUGAACUCGAUCGACGUGUACGUCAACGUCAGAAUACGCAGCAGACACCCCCACAACUGGCCAACGCGUUACAAGCAGAAUAGCGAAGAAUUUCGCAGGACAGAAUUCGAACACUUGUCCAGUCAGUGCCGAGGAGAUGCAGAGCCAUGAUUUCGAAUAUAGAAUGCUGAUAUUUAAAACAUCAUUUUCAAACUGAACUUUCAAGCAUGUUUUACUUAUUACUCAAUGGAUAUUGCAAUACACAACUAUAUUGGGAUAUAUCACUUGUAUGCAAUAUGUGACACUCGUAUAAAGUAUCACCUUUGGAGAAGUUUGUUUGUUUGUUUGUUGUUUAACGCCACACUCAGCAAUAUUCCAGCCAUAUGACGGCGCCCUGUAAAACUCGAGUCUGCACCUGAUAAUCCAGUAACUGGAACAGUGAGCAUCGAUCCACGCACUAGGGAUACAAUGUAGUGAUACUGAUAAUUGAGACUUUGGAAAAGAGAACAUUAAAUUUCAAGAUAGCAUGUCAGAUGUGCAUCUAAAGAUACCUUUGUUGACCUACAUGCUCUGUCGUCUAACAGUACAAAUAUGGCCUUAUCGUAUGGUGACGCUAUCCCAGGAGUCUAUUUAUAGACAUGGGCUGGUCGGGCUGUUGAAGCACACCUUUUACCAACGCUUGAUCCGGAAAUUAAGCACAUUUUAAAAAUGUCAGAAAACAGAUACUUCUUUGUGGACAACAUGGACAGGAAUAUGUUUAACCAGCGUCUUUUAUUAUUCAGUCUGAUUGAAACUGUAGACACACUUGUGGACAGGAAUAAGGGCAGUAAUUAUACGAAUGGUGAUUUUAAAGCUGCUCGGGAAGAGAUUUAUCGUAAACAAAAACAGUUGGCAGAAGAAGCUGAACGGGCCAGGCAAAAACAGUUGGCAGAAGAAGCUGAACGGGCCAGGCAAAAACAGUUGGCAGAAGAAGCUGAACGGGCCAGGC